AUGCCACGAGUUCUUAAGUGCGUCGCCUGGAUAUCAGUAAUGGCAUCAUUACAUCAAUCGACCAGAUUUGUUGACAGAACAUACGAGCCAAUCAAAAUAUCAUGGAGAGGACAAGACUCGGUGGUCGUGUGUAGAAUGAAGCACGCAUACUGGGUUGAACAUUGGGUCACACUUGACGUAUACUUCACGCUGUACUAUGCGUUCCGUGUGAUCUUCGUGCACACUGGUCCUUGCAUAUCUCUGGUCGUGUUGAAUCUUUUACUUUUCAGGGCUAUGAGAGAUGCGCAAUUAAAAAGAGACAAAUUAUUCAAAGAGAACAGAAAGAACGAAUGCAAACGUCUAAGAGAUUCUAAUUGCACAACAUUGAUGCUCAUUGUCGUUGUGACAGUUUUCUUAAUGACAGAAAUUCCAUUGGCUGUAGUAACAGUAAGUUAA